CUCACCGGCCACCGUAUUCCACCCUGUCCUUAUUUGGGUGUAAAGGAAACCACAUCUACGUCAUACGCUCAUUAUGUUGUUAGCGAAUCAAUAAAUAAGCUGUGCUUCUUUGGAUGCUACACUAGCAUAGAUUAAAAAUAUCGGUGACACUGGACUGUGGGAGAAUUUUUAAACAUUCCGAAAUGACUGAGGAUAAGAAAACGGCCGUGGCUGGUUUCGUGGCGGAGAUAAAACAGGUUGUGAAGGACGUGCGCCCGCCGGGUGUUCGGUCGCAAGCAGACGACGGACCGUCAAGGGCGGGAGCCCGACCCACGCCCUGGCUUUUUACCUAUCAAGGACUAAUAGCCGAUCUGGAACCUUUCAAUGAAGUCUAUCCCAACAUACUUCUUGGGCAAGGGACCGUUGCUGAAGACAUCAAGAAGCUUCGAGAUCUUGGGGUGACCCAUGUCGUCAACACCGCAAUGGGGAAGAAAUUCACCCAGAUUAACACAAAUGAGGAAUACUACCAGCCAUUUAAGAUAAAGUUCUACGGGUUUGAGGCGAUGGACGUCAUGACAUACCCAAUCCAGAAACACUUCCAGGGGACGGCUGAUUUCAUUGACCAAGCACUCAAGGAAGGAGGGAAAGUAUUUGUCCACUGCCACCAAGGCCGGAGUCGAUCUGCCUCGAUCGUCCUCAGCUACCUCAUGCUCUACCAAGGGAUGACGGUCAAGGAGGCUAUGAAGACAGUCCGCUUAAAACGGGAGGUGUCCCCAAACGAUGGGUUCAUACGGAGGUUGUGCGAAUUGAACUAUGACUUGCAAAAUAAAACAAAUAAUGCUGUUAGUGACGCUGUUGGAAUUUCCUGUGAUGUGGAAACACCAGUUGUAGACGAAGUUGUGCAAAAUGCGACCGUAGAGUGAUGUGUCUAGAUUAAUAUGUUUUCAUCAUUUGUAGCAUUUAUAUGACGUUUGAUCUAUACGUCUCAGGGGCCAUGCGCUCGUAGAUUCGUGCAACUCGAGGCAGGGGCGGUUGGCUUGGCGAAACUAUGAAGCCGUUAUACGAGACCUCCCCUUCUUACGGUAGCCUGCCAGUGGUCCCGCCAGAGCCUCGGGCGUUCAAUGAGAGUGCUGUCAGGAUCGUUGACUAUCUAUGCAGUUGCUCAAUCUCGGCCGCAUAAUCUAUACUGACCGUCUUCAAUCGAUCAGACAGCGAAAGCGGCCCUUAAAGGGACGAUUUGGAAUACACUUUUGAGGCCGAGUGUCUUUCAGUGAUACUGGAAUGUGUUGCACGUCAAAGUCCGCCAACUUUUCCAGGCUAGGCAUAUGAAAUAAGUAUCACCAGCGUCAUUGGUAGACGUAGCAUUCUUCAAAGUGCACGUAAUAUAUAUAGCGACCAUUUAUAUAAAAAUGCGGACAUUGCACAUAGAAAGGGUGUGUAGGUGGCGUGUUUAACAUUACUGGAAGUUGAACAUUUAUGUUACUUUCUUUAUAUGGUGGUUACUCAUAUUGUUUGUACAGAACAAAUAUUUUUAUUUGGAAAAAUAAUUGUUUGACAAUGCUGAAAUAAAA